AUGAAUGUCGCGGGAUUCGCAAAUCUUUUGACUGAGUCAUUCCAGGAUUUUCAAGGCGAUGACUACGAACUUGUUGGCCACAACUGCUGCAGCUUCGCACGGGCAAUGGUCGAUAACUUCUCGACCAUUGGGAUUCCAUACUGGGUGGACCGAUUAGCCCGGCAGCACCGCAAUCCGACCAAUUUCACAUUGACUGGACCUGGAUCAUCCUUUUCAGAGAAAUUUCUAGCAUUUCUUGCUUUCGAGUAA